GUCCCCGAAAUUGUUUUUCGAAGGUCAACUCCGAAAAUAUUUAAGAAUGCUGCGGCUGCCUUUGCGGCGAGUGCUGGCUUCACCAACGAACUGGGUGGCGAUCACGGCUCGCAGCAACACCACACAGCCAGCAAAAGUGGAAGUUUUCAUCGAUGACAAACGGGUCCUCUGCGAUCCUGGGACUACGGUAUUGCAGGCAUGCGCGAUGGUUGGGGUGGAGAUCCCGCGUUUCUGUUACCAUGAUCGUCUACCCAUUGCCGGGAACUGCAGGAUGUGUUUGGUAGAGGUGGAGAGAUCACCUAAGCCGCAAGCAUCGUGCGCCAUGCCGGUCAUGAACGGCAUGAGAGUGAAAACGGAUUCUGAAGUCUCAAGAAAAGCCAGAGAGGGUGUGAUGGAGUUCUUGUUGGUGAAUCACCCCCUAGAUUGUCCUAUCUGUGAUCAGGGAGGUGAAUGUGACCUCCAGGAUCAAUCCAUGGCGUUCGGAAGCGACAGGAGUCGAUUCGUCGACAACACAUUUUCAGGCAAGCGUGGCGUCGAAGAUAAAAAUAUCGGUCCGUUGAUUAAGACGAUUAUGACGAGAUGUAUUCAUUGUACGAGAUGUGUUAGGUUUGCCAAUCAAAUUGCUGGCGUUGAAGAAUUUGGCACGACUGGCCGCGGCAACGAUAUGCAAAUUGGCACAUAUGUGGAGAAAUUAUUUGGGUCCGAAGUUUCCGGGAAUGUGAUAGACUUGUGUCCUGUUGGAGCUCUGACCUCCAAACCAUAUGCCUUCACUGCUAGGCCAUGGGAAACAAGGAAAACCGAGAGUGUUGAUGUAAUGGACGCCGUUGGUUGCAAUAUUAUAGUCAGUCACCGAACAAAUGAAGUCAUGCGCAUUAUCCCGCGACUCAAUGAGGAGGUGAAUGAAGAGUGGAUUUCGGACAAGACUCGCUUUUCGUACGAUGGACUCAAACGUCAACGACUGACAUCACCGAUGGUGCGAGAUUCUACCGGCAACCUGACCAUCAGUGAUUGGGAAGAAGCGCUUGUCCAAGCGGCUGAAAAGUUGAAACUUGCCAAAGGUAACCAGAUUUCAGCGGUUGCUGGUGGGUUCUGUGACGCAGAGUCGUUAACGGUACUCAAAGAUUUCAUGAACAGACUAGGCAGCGAGGGCCUCUGUACGGAAGAGAUAUUCCCGAUGAACGGGGCGGGAACCGAUUUGAGGUCCAAUUAUCUGUUGAACACGACUAUCAGUGGAGUGGAGGAGGCAGACUAUCUCCUACUGGUCGGUACCAACCCCCGAUACGAGGCUCCCAUCUUUAACACCAGGAUCAGGAAAAGUUGGAUGGGUAAUGAGCUUAACGUGGCCAUGGUUGGAUCAAAAGUCGAUCUUUCUUAUGAUCACGAGCAUCUUGGUGAUUCUACAAAUGUCCUUGAAGACCUUGCAAGUGGAAAGCAUCCGUACAGCGCCGAAUUCGCCAAGGCCAAGAGACCGAUGAUUGUCCUCGGCAGUGGUGCACUCCAACGGGAGGAUGGUGCAGCGAUUCAUGCAGCGGUGGCCAAGCUUGCUCAUAAGUCUCGUGCCGCUAGCGGCUGUGGGGAAGACUGGCGUGUUCUGAAUGUGCUUCACAGGGUUGCGAGCCAAGUUGCUGCCUUGGACCUCGGAUAUAAGCCAGGCGUUCAACAUAUCAGAGACAACCCUCCCAAAGUGUUAUUCUUGCUUGGUGCGGAUCAGGGGGCGAUCACGCGCGAGGAACUACCAAAGGACUGCUUCGUUAUAUAUCAAGGUCACCAUGGAGACCUUGGCGCCUCAUCCGCCGAUGUCAUCCUCCCCGGCGCCGCCUAUACGGAGAAGUCGGGAACGUACGUGAACACGGAAGGGCGCGCCCAGGAAGGUCGCCAGGCCGUCACCCCACCGGGAAUGGCACGGGAAGAUUGGAAAAUUCUCCGAGCUCUCUCUGAAAUCGCGGGUGUAACGCUGCCUUAUGAAAAAUUAGACGACGUCCGCGAUCGGAUGGAGGAUAUCUCGCCCACUCUGACUUGCUAUGAUGAGGCACAAGAAGCUAACUACUUCCAACAGGCUAAGGAGUUAGCUGAUACCGUCUCAGCCAAAUUGAGUCCUACACCCCUGAAACCAGAACAGAUAACUCUGAAAGAUUUCUUCAUCACGGACUCUAUAACCCGAGCGUCACAGACGAUGGCCAAGUGCGUGAAGGCGACUUUAGCAGAAGAAGGCUCGGGAUAGACAGGGUUCAUAAUUGUGCAUGGACACCAUUAGUUUUCAAUGAGGCUUUCAGUUUGUGAUGUAAGCAACACUUUUAUGAAGGAUAGGAGACAGAUUAAAGCACGGAUUAGUGAUAAUCUUUUUUUGUCCGACAAGUUGUACUGGUGAUUAUGAGUUGUGUAUAAAAGCUUUCAACGUUUAGCCAGUGUGCCACGCUAGGUAGAGUGGCCAGCAAUUUGAGGUACCACGGCCCUAUAGGAACUGUCCACAAAGUUCUAGAGCAAGGUAGGGUGGCUCUACCUAGGUGGGUAGGUAAGCUGCCAAGGUAGGGUGGCUCUACCUAGGUAGGGUGGUAAGCUGCCAAGGUAGGGUGGCUCUACCUAGGUAGGGUGGUAAGCUACCAAGGUAGGGUGGCUCUACCUAGGUAGGGUGGUAAGCUGCCAAGGUAGGGUGGCUCUACCUAGGUAGGUAGGUAAGCUGCCAAGGUAGGGUGGCUCUACCUAGGUAGGGUGGUAAGCUACCAAGGUAGGGUGGCUCUACCUAGGUAGGGUGGUAAGCUGCCAAGGUAGGGUGGCUCUACCUAGGUAGGUAGGUAAGCUACCAAGGUAGGGUGGCUCUACCUAGGUAGGGUGGUAAGCUGCCAAGGUAGGGUGGCUCUACCUAGGUAGGUAGGUAAGCUACCAAGGUAGGGUGGCUCUACCUAGGUAGGGUGGUAAGCUACCAAGGUAGGGUGGGCCACCCUGACAAAGGCCUUGUGGGAACACUGAGCAUCAAUGUAUCUGCUAACAUUGAUAGUGCGACUAGAGUAUUGAUAGGAUAAGAUGAGCGGCGAGACCGCUUGCUGUCGUAUAUUGUAAAUAUCUUCAUGUGUCAAUCAUUACCUGACUUCUGUCGGCUUCAAAUGUCCCUUUUGUCAGACCUGAUGUCAGUUGAAUCACCCAAAGUGGUUUAAAAACCUUCUAGCAAAAAACCUAUUCCGUCAAUCUUCGGCGGUUUGGGUAAAACUGUGUAUUUUGCAAGCUUUUUAUGAAUUUUUGCUGUUGAUAUGCACAAAUUUCAUCUCGAAUGCAUUAACAAUAACAUUUUGGUAGCAAUCACAAUAUUCAGUCUCUCGCCAAAUGAAAAUGAGAAAAUGCGCCAAAUUAUAGCGUUGUGAAAUUUUCAUGGUUUACAGUAUUGAAAAUCGACUUUAUGUGCCAGUAAAAAGAACCUCUCUACUAAGGACACCCUCGGGACUGACAUAUGCUCUCCUUAAUAGAGAGGUGUCCUGAUUAGAGAGGUGUCCUGCAUAGAGAUGUCAAAUUGAAUGGAAACGACCACUUUGGGAGCAAAACUAGAGGGAGUGCCUAGUAGAGACAUCCGCUAAGACAAGUUCCAUUGCACUGUGAAUGUUACUUUUGACCAUUACUUUGUACAGUUGUUUGGGGAGGAGUGAGAUAAUAAGUGACAUGAUUGUUUGACAAAA